AUGGAAGAAGAUGGAAGUAAAAGCCCAACUGCUGCAAAGAUAGCAGAAGAAAUUCAAGCUAAAGCCGAAGAAGUUAAAAAGACCCUUAAACACGUAGAAACUAAAGAAAAAAACAUCUUACCAACCGCUGAAGCUAAUAAAAAGAAAGUCAACAACAACAAGACAAAAUCUUAUUGUGGCGUUGAUGGUGAUGGCGAGUAUUGUACUGAUGAAAAUUAUGAAGUAACUGAAUUUUUUGAAAAAGAAUAUGAUCCAUGUGAAAAGAUACACUUGGAUUAUCUAAAAAAGCGAAAGCAUGAUCUAAAGUUAACUAGCAAAUAUCAGGAUGUAAAAGAUUGUUAUUACAACUUUCCAUAUAAUCAUUAUCUAGCAAAAGAGACAAUAGAAACGUUGAAAAAAAUUUUAGAUGGAUUUUAUAUUUUUCUAGAACAAUCGAAUGAACCCCCUGUUCCCGGGUUCAACUUUACUCCAACUAAUCUUAUAAACGAUUUGAAGCUUAUAUCGAAAAAAAAUUAUACAUACGAUAUUGAUGUUAUGAUGGAUCUUGUAAAAUCUUUUUACAAGAUAAGUGAUGCACAUUUGGCUUUUGUUCCAAUUUGUUAUACAAGUUUUGUGUUCGAACAUGGUCUAUCUUUAUACUCUGUAAUAAAUGUAAAUGGUACACAGGUAAUUAAAGUAUUUGACGAUAUAUAUGACGCAUCGAAUAUAGAUUGUGAAGUUAGUCAUAUUGAUGAUGAGCCUGCGCUAGAAGUGUUGACCAAUUACGCAUACAAAAAUGUUUUCAGAUCUCGUGAUCUAGGUGUAAGAUUUAAUAGAGUAUUGUCCAAUUUGGUCUAUAAAGAUGGACAUUUUAUUACCUCAAACUUCAACCAACUAUUCACUCGUCGAUCACUGCUACCAGAAUCUCCAAUCGUCACAUACACUCUAAAAUGUCAUAGUUAUGACGACAAUCAAUUAACCCUGGAAAAAAAAAUUAAACGGCACUGGAUAGCCAUGAGCAGUAGAUACGAUGAUUUUAAAGAUUCGAAAAGUUAUUGGGAAAAUGUGUGCGUAAAGGCGAAUCAGGACGAGAUGAUUGAUGAUGAAACGUUGGAUAAAGUGCAAGAACUUACGCUAGCACGAUCACACGACCAUUACGAUAUUGGAUAUGGUGAGUUGGUUUAUAAGGGUCAAAUAUCUGGUUAUUAUAUGGUGGAUGACAUUGGUGUGGCUGUUGUUCCCGGUUUGAGUUCUGUAAAUGGUAUGACCGAGAAAGACAUGAUGGAAGAAAUAUUAAAUGGUUUUCAAGUUUUAGAACAAGGUGGUGCUCAAAAGUUGGUGCUUGAUUUUUCAAAUAAUAGAGGUGGAAGUGUAGCAGUAGCAAACUUUUUUAAUGAUUUGUUAUUUCCAGAAACGCAUCCAAAUUUUCCAAACGAUAUGAAACUAUCAAAACAAAUUAUGGCUGCAUUUAAAGCUGCACAUAGCUUUCCAGAACUUAAAAUAAUCUUUAGUACACAAUAUUUAUUAGGCUACGACACCAAAAAACCUUUUAAAAAUCUAAAAGAACUUUUCGGUAAUAAUUUGUCGCUUAGAGGAAAUCAGAAAGUUAGAUAUACUUCGAAAUUUAUUGAUUCGUAUGUUGAAAAAACAAUGAAUGAAAUUUUGCCGCCAUCAUCUUCAUCCGACUUGAACGUUGAUUUUGAAAAUUAUCAUAAAAAUUUUAAGAAAUAUUCGUCAUCGAUGCUACCAUGGAAUUCAACAAAUAUUAUAAUCAUAACAAAUGGAGUAUGCGGAUCAUCAUGCGCACUAAUCACUCAACAUUUAUCAGAAGUUCAUAAUGUUAAAACUGUGGCAGUUGGUGGAUUCGUGUCGCAGAAACUCUCGUACAGUUCAUUUCCUGGUGGUGCUGUCUACAGUGAAAAGUUGUUACAUAAAAGUUUGAAACGAAUGGGUCUCUACUCAAAUCCCAUUUUUCCAAUGCCUUUUCUUAUCAAAGCCAAAAUGAGUUUUCCCAUCAGAGAAGUUUAUAGCAUCAAGCAUAAAAAUAAAGUAUUGGAUUUUUUGUUUCGUCCUGCAAAUUAUCGACUAUAUUAUGACGAGAAAAAUGUUAGAGAUCCAAGUAAAUUGUGGGUUGAAGCUGCUAAGUUUCUUUGA